CGUAAUAAUUGUGCGCCAUUAGUGUGACUGUACUAACAGAAGUCGGAAAACGCUUUUCCGACUCCAGCAUGGGUGGCAAAAAUAAACAGAGAACGAAAGGAAAUGUGCGGCCAUCCAGCAGUGGCAGGGCUGCUGAUCUGUUGGCCAGGGAGAGCGGUGUCGUACCUGGGUUUGUUGGAUUUGGUGUUUCGACCUCCAGUGAUCCAGGAUAUGUACCUGCUGUCCAAGGAGCUGAAGAGAUAGACAAUCUAGUUGAUGCAGACUUUCGCCUGGUUUUGCGGAAGUUGUCUAAGAGAGAUGCAGUUACUAAAUUAAAGGCAGUGCAGGAGUUUGGAGUGAUGUGUCAAGAGCGCCAGUCUGAUGUUGUGAAGGGUGUCCUCCCGUACUGGCCCCGGAUAUACUGCCGAAUAUCAGUGGAUCAUGACCGCCGUGUGCGAGAGGCCACACAGCAGGCCUUUGAGCAGCUGAUUUUAAAAGUAAAGAGGAAUCUGGCCCCCUACCUGAAGAGCAUCAUGGGUCACUGGCUUAUCGCUCAGUGUGACACAUACUCUCCUGCAGCAUCAGCCGCCAGCGCUGCUUUCCAGGCCACCUUUCCCCUUAACAAACAGGCUGAGGCCAUCAGCUUCUGUAAAGAUGAAGUUCUAAAUGUUCUUCAAGACAAUCUGCUAAAAGAAACAGCUGACACUCUUAGUGACCCACAGAGUGUGCCAGAAGAGGAGAGAGAAGCUAAGUACAUCCGUCUGCUGACCAGCUCUCUGUUGGCCCUCAAGAGACUGCUUAGUGUUUUACCUGAGCAGGACAGAGAGGUGCUAAAGGAGCGGUUGACACAGCUCAUCACACAGGGCAAGUUCUGGAAGUACAGCAAACACCAGACUCCACAGAUUCGAGGGGCGUUCUUUGAGGUGAUAGCCACGAUGUGCGUGCACACGCCCCAGAUGAUCCAAGCAGAGGCAGCUCGAGUGUGUUCUGCUGUGCUGCUGUCAAUUGACGACACCGACCCAGUGGUGUUGCCACCUCUGUGGGAAGCGGUACUCCAUAUUCUCUCCUGUGUUGAGAACUGUUGGACACAUGUUAGUGCCAGGAAAGGUGUGAUGCCAAAGCUCUGGGUGCUUCUUAAAGAGGGAGGUCGAGGUCUGGCGACAAGUUUGCACCCAAAUUUGCUCCCUUUCAUCAGCAAACUUCCAGCAGAGGUCACCCAGCCUGAACUGGACUUUGCUAGAACUUUCCUCACAUCAGUCAUUCAGGGAUUGUCCAGUGAGCGUGCCACGUCCAGUCCCUCAGAGUGUGCUGCCAUCAUUUUUGCCAUGAUGGAGUGCUUGCGUUUUAUCAUGCUGCAGAAUGCUGGAGACGAGCAGGAGCAGAAAAGCAUACAGAACAUGCUCAUCUCAGAACAGCUCCUGCCUUUGAUUGACAGAGCUCUGGGGAACCCAUCUCUGCAGGCUGGUCCUUUGUUCCUUCAGGUCUCCGAUAUGCUGCUGUCAUGGGAGAAGCGUGCGGCUGGGAAAGAAGCCGCCACCUUCCAAAGACUGCUCUCAGACUUUUGGGAGGGUUUGAGUCAACUGUGCACACGCUACGUUGACUGUGAGGAAGCUGAUCGAACCACUUUGGAGGGCAUUGCGUUACUCCUUCAAAUUAUGCAGAACCCAAACAGCUGUACCAUUAAACAGAACAAGAAGAAGAAAGCAGUGAAAAUCUGCUUCAUGGACCAAGAAGAAAGAAGCCAAGGGGAGGAACCUCAAAGGACAACUCCAGUGGUGGAGCCCACGGAUGGGCAAGAGAAACAAGACUGUCCCUUGAGAACCGGGCACCUGUUGGAUUUGGUGUGCCAGUUGGCCAAGCUCAACAUGGUGUACGUGAGCGAACGAGACUCGGAAAGGCACCUGCGGUUUUUGUCUCAGCUGCUUGGGGCGUUUCCAAGCCCUCAGGUGUUCCAGGUGCUGUUGAAGCCAAAGGAAAUGAAGCCUGAAAUGGGGUUGGAGCUCGGACCGCUCGCUGAAUGCCCAGCUGUCCACUUCCUCCUACAGAGAGUGGCUGUGUGGCUGAGACAGGAAGGCAGGAGGGACACAGACUUUCUGGUGGGCAUGGUGUUCAGUUCUCUGCAGUGCUGCAGCUCCAGUGCGGACAAGACUGCGAUCCUCAACCACAUCAGCAGGGAUUUGAAUUGGGCUGUGACCCUUCAACUUAUCGAAAAGGCUUGUGCAGAUCCUGUCCGUGUGGAGGUGUGUGUUGGCUGGCUGAGGGGUCCCGUGUUAGGGGAGAGGUUGGUGGGUUUGGCUGGAGAGCUGUGUGCAGUGGGUCUUCUUGGAUCCUCCUCCUCUCCUCUGUCUUCCCAUCACGGAUGGCCUCUUAUCAGCCUCGCCUUGUCACAGCAGCACAAUAAUGAGCCUCUCAUAGGCAAGGUGUAUGUGGAACAGAUCAUUGACAAGCUCCACGCCACCCUGUCGGAAGCGAAGGGCAUGUCAGAUGCUGGGAACAUGGAGCCGCUGGUCUCUUUCAUCUCUGAUGUGGCUGCCACCUUCUUCUCUUCAGUUAAGAGCUGCCUGCUGCUGGCAUCUGCUGAGGAGCUGCUUAUUACUGUUUUCCAGCUGUGUGCCCAAGACCAAACCAUCACUCACCUCUCAGAUGCUCUUCUCCUGAAGCUGAAACACGCCUACGCAGCUGGAGUUCAUUCACUGAUCACUCACCUGGGUGCAGGAGUCACGAAGGGCACCCUCCUCCACAGUGUUGCAGUCUGGGCUAAAAGUCAGCUGCUCACCGCGCCACUGACACUUAAAAGUCUCCAGGUUCUUGUGCAGGCUGUGGAGAGUCUGGCCCAAACUAUCAGCUCAGCCCAGAAGAGCAGCCAUCUCCUGUCUCAGUUCAUCUGUUGUCUGACCCCUACUGAAGAGGAGUGGAGCUGCAUCAGACGGGCACUGCCUCCACAGUGGGUGAAACACCCUCUACUGUGUGGCCAUCUCAGAGUGACGGGUGAAUAUCCCUGUAUGGACGUGUGGAAAUUCAAGGCAUCCAACAGGCUGCCUGCCCACCUGUGUGUCAGUGCAGUACUGGGGAGAAUCAUUCUCACUGCAGUGUCACCUGAUGACCAGCAGGUGGAGCCAGACUUCCCUGAAAUUCCUGAUCUCAAACACAUAGUUUCAGAGAUUCUCUAUGCACUACAGUGGUGUGAUGAAAUGGAGCUCUCCCCUCUCAUCGUGUCUGAAUAUCAUAAACUACUGCAGUCCUGGACCUUAGAGGAGAGAAUCCACAACAACGUCAUGAUCAAAACCAAUUUUAUAGACACACUUUUCACAAGGUCAAGGGAAGAAGGCUCCCUCUGGUCACUUUCUCUGGCAAAAUACAUGCAGAACAGCAAAAUAGACCCAAGUGACAUCAAGAACUUAUACAACAAUGUAGAAAGUUUCUUCCCCCUCUCAGAACACAGUGUGAGCACAGUGCAGGUGCUGUGUCCAUUUCUAUCCAAUGAGGAGAGAGAAUCACUCAUAGCCUUGUGUGUCGCUGAACUCCUUAACUGGCAGGACAGAGAACAGAACUGCACUGACAGUGUGCGUGCUUGUCUGGCAGUGCUGCUCUGCUGUCUACAGGCCAAUACGGCCGUGGAGGACGAGAUCUUAUUGGCUUUUGUAGCAACGAUUGCUGAAUGGAGGAACAGCAGAGAGGAAUGGUUCCUUUUCAACAGUGACUUGGGAAAAGUGUCCAGUCAAGCGCUGUCAUUGGCUGUCGAGAUUAUGCGUUUCCUGGUCUGGCUGGUGGAUCAUUCUCCAACAGUUUUGGACAACACGCACUGGGAUCUCCUGCUUUGCUCAAUGCUGGCAUGGCUCGAGACUGCCUGUGAGAACAUAGGAGUGUUCUGGAACCCUUGGGUACAGCUAUUUGUCUGUGAGAUCUGUAAGCUGAUUGUGAGGCUGAGUGAGUUCUUCACAUCACCCCCUGUUGGUGUGGUUGAGCAACUGCCUCCAGAACUGACCUCAGAGUGGAAGGAGUUUUUCUUGGAGGGAAUUCACAAUCUUUUGCUUCCUCUGCUUGUUAAGAUACCCGUGGACUUUACAGAACCAGAUGACCCAUUGUUCCCCCUGCCGGUGUUGAGGGCGGUGGGGGAGGCUCUCACCUACAUCCCAGUGGAGCUGCUCACACAGAAUAAACUACCUCCUCGGUUUGUAGCCGAUCAAAAGAGCGUCCUGCCAGAGCCCCUGCAGACCCUGCUGAACACCCUCUCACCCCUGCUGCUGUUCAAAGCUCGCCCGCUACAGCUUGCCGUCUACCACAUCCUGCACAAGGUGAUGCCUCUGUUGCCGGAGAGUGACAGUGAGAGUGCCAGCGCUAAAUCUGAGGAUGAAGAUGGAGAAGAACCAUGCUUGUCUCCUCCAGCAGCGUUAAUGAGCAUCUUGUCUGCCACAGAGGAGCUGUUGGAGAAUAUUUUAGGUGGUGUGCAAGUGGGCGAGUUUGCUGUGGUUCAGCCUCUCAGUGUGGAGCACUGCUGCAUUCUGGGAUAUCUGCUGGCCUGGAAACUCCUCCUCACCUUCUUCAAGGCCUCUUCAUCACAUCUGCGAGCUCAGUACUCUCUCCACUUAAAGAAGACUCGUUCUCUCCAUAAACUUUUGCUACACCUGUUCCGUCUUAUGCCUGAGAACCCCUCACUGCCUGGCCAGCCUGCAGAAACCUUGAGCAAAGAACCCAAGACAUUCUUCACUGAGAACCUCUCUCUCUCCCCCCGCAAAACUGAAGGUCUGCAGUUUGAGGUGCCUCAUCUGGCCUGCUCGGUGUACUAUGGUGCAUUGAAGGACUUACCUGCGAUGGUGCGUCUUUGGUGGAACAGCCAGGAGAAACGUGUCUUCAGCACGGUAGAUAAAUUCACUAGCAAGUACGUCAGCAGCUUAUUGUCUGCGCAGGAGAUCGUUUCUGUGCAGUCCAGCACCCUGACUUUUGAGAACAUGACGGUGAAAGCACGUUCUGCCACUCGGGAGGUGAUCGCUACAUACUCUGUAGAUGAUAUUUUCAUCGAAUUAGUGAUUCAGCUGCCUCAAAACUACCCCCUUGGUUCCAUCUCAGUGGAGAGUGGGCGGAGAGUGGGCGUGGCUGUCCAGCAGUGGCGCAAUUGGAUGCUUCAGCUCAGCACCUACCUCACACACCAGAAUGGCAGUAUCCUGGAGGGUCUGUCACUGUGGAAGAACAAUGUUGACAAGCGUUUUGAGGGGGUAGAGGACUGUAUGAUCUGCUUCUCUGUCAUACAUGGAUCCAAUUACUCGCUGCCAAAGAAAGCCUGCCGUACUUGCAAAAAGAAGUUCCACUCCGCCUGUCUGUAUAAAUGGUUCACAUCUAGCAACAAAUCUACGUGUCCUCUGUGCCGAGAGACUUUCUUCUAAGUGCUGCCUCCAUGGACGCAAGUAACGGAUGAAUGACGUCCUCUACGAAUAGCUGAGUCAGAGAGAAAUGUUCUGUUCGUAUGUUUGUGCAUAUUUUUAGUUUCUGAUUCCGAAGAUGCACCCAAUAACCUCUGUCUAAACAGAGGAACAACUGAACAAAGAGUCAGAAUGCUGGAAUACAGCACCGCAUUGGAUUAAAGACAAGAAACUUGACAGUACAAUGAAGGCUGAAUAAGUUAUAGCCGGUGUGCCUCUUUAGACUGAAUUUAUGGAUUUAAAAUAUUAAAUCUGUCAUUAUUUACUCAUCCUCAUAUCAUUCCAAACCUGUAUAACUAUCUUUCUUAUGUGGAACACAUUAGGAGACAUUUAGCAGAAUGUCCAAGCUGCUCUUUUCCAUACACUGCAAGUCAACAGGAACCAGGGACAGUCUUUGUCACCAUUUACUUUCAUUUGUAUGUAAAAGAGCAGCUUGGACAUUUUGUUAGGUAACUCCUUUUGUUUUCCAUGCAAUAGGGAAAGUCAAAUGGGUUUGGAACAAUAAGAUGGUGAGCAAAUGAUGACAACAUUUUUAUUUUUGGGUAAACUAUCCCUUUAAAUUCAGUUGAAAUGUCCUAGAUGGCAAGAUGGUUUACCACACAUCUGGUUACAGGUAUUUGGCUUUUACUAGUAGAACUUUUCUGAUGAAAUCAAACUGUUUAUAGCUUCAACUUAAAUGGAAAAAAAGUAAUUUGCUCAGAUAAAUGUGGGACCAUACCAAUGACCCCUGUAGAAAUAAUGGACUGAGUUUUGGCUUUUAAUCUCAGCUUGAUGAUACUCUGUAUAAUGACACAUGAUGCUCUUUCGAAGUGCUGUAUGCAGCAGUAAUUUGUGCUUGCUUUGAUCUUUAGUUGUCAUGGACUUUGUAAAAAAGAUGAACACAAUUUGUGCCCCUUAAAUACAGAUGUUUAUAAUAGUUUAUCAUA